UUUUAGGCGCCAUUUUCGAGUGAAGGACCCGGAGCCGAAACACCGGUAGGAGCAGAGGGGGUGGCCUAGCCAACCGUUCCCAGCCCCGUUCGGAGCGGACUGCCCCUCAGCUACCAUGCCGCGGAAAGGCACCCAGCCUUCCACCGCCCGGCGCAGAGACGAAGGGCCGCCGCCGACCCCAGACGGCACCGGCAGCGACGCGGAGCCCGAGCCGCCGUCCGGCCGCGCCGAGAGCCCGGCUGCCGGCGCAGAGACUCCAAGUGAGGAACUUGAUAAUAGAAGUUUAGAAGAAAUUUUGAAUAGUAUUCCCCCUCCCCCACCUCCAGCAAUGACCAAUGAAGCUGGAGCUCCACGGCUUAUGAUAACUCAUAUUGUAAACCAGAACUUCAAAUCCUAUGCUGGGGAAAAAAUCCUGGGACCUUUCCAUAAGCGCUUUUCCUGUAUUAUUGGGCCAAAUGGCAGUGGCAAAUCCAAUGUUAUUGAUUCCAUGCUUUUUGUGUUUGGUUAUCGAGCACAAAAAAUAAGGUCUAAAAAACUCUCAGUACUAAUACAUAAUUCUGAUGAACACAAGGAUAUUCAGAGUUGUACUGUAGAAGUUCAUUUUCAAAAGAUAAUUGAUAAGGAAGGAGAUGAUUAUGAAGUCAUUCCUAACAGUAACUUUUAUGUAUCCAGAACGGCCUACAGAGAUAAUACUUCUGUCUAUCAUAUAAGUGGGAAGAAAAAGACCUUUAAGGAUGUUGGAAAUCUUCUUCGAAGCCAUGGAAUUGACUUGGACCAUAAUAGAUUUUUAAUCUUGCAGGGUGAAGUUGAACAGAUUGCUAUGAUGAAACCAAAAGGCCAGACUGAACAUGACGAGGGUAUGCUUGAGUAUUUAGAAGAUAUAAUCGGUUGUGGACGACUAAAUGAACCUAUCAAAAUUUUGUGUCGGCGAGUGGAAAUAUUAAAUGAACACAGAGGAGAGAAGUUAAACAGAGUUAAGAUAGUGGAAAAGGAAAAGGACGCCUUAGAAGGAGAAAAAAACAUAGCUAUUGAAUUUCUUAAGUUGGAAAAUGAAAUAUUUAAAAAAAAGAAUCAUGUUUGUCAAUAUUACAUUUACGAUCUUCAGAAACGAAUUGCUGAAAUGGAAACUCAGAGGGAAAAAAUUCAUGAAGACACCAAAGAAAUUAAUGAGAAAAGCAAUGUACUAUCAAAUGAAAUGAAAGCUAAAAAUAAAGCUGUAAAAGAUGUAGAGAAGAAAUUGAAUAAAAUUACAAAAUUUAUUGAGGAGAAUAAAGAAAAAUUUACACAGCUAGAUUUGGAAGAUGUUCAAGUUAGGGAAAAAUUAAAACAUGCUACAAGUAAAGCCAAAAAACUGGAGAAACAACUUCAAAAAGACAAAGAAAAGGUUGAAGAAUUUAAAAGUAUACCUGCCAGGAGUCAGAAUAUCAUAACUGAGACAACAACUAGAAACAGCGCCCUUGAAAUGGAAAAAGAGAAAGAAGAAGAAAAAUUAAAGGAAGUCAUGGACAGCCUUAAACAAGAAACACAAGGACUUCAGAAAGAAAAAGAAAUCCGAGAGAAAGAGCUUAUGGGUUUCAGCAAAUCAGUAAAUGAAGCACGUUCAAAGAUGGAUGUAGCCCAGUCAGAACUUGAUAUCUACCUCAGUGGUCAUAAUACCGCAGUAUCUCAAUUAAGUAAGGCCAAGGAAGCUCUGACUGCAGCUUCUGAGACUCUCAAAGAAAGGAAAACUGCAAUAAGAGAUAUAGAGGCAAAACUUCCUCAAACUGAACGGGAAUUAAAAGAGAAAGAGAAAGAACUUCAGAAACUCACACAAGAAGAAAUAAACUUCAAAAGUCUGGUUCAUGAUCUUUUCCAAAAAGUUGAAGAAGCAAAGAGCUCAUUAGCAAUGAAUCGAAGUAGGGGGAAAGUCCUUGAUGCAAUAAUUCAAGAAAAGAAAUCUGGCAGGAUUCCAGGAAUAUAUGGACGACUGGGAGAUUUAGGAGCCAUUGAUGAAAAAUACGAUGUUGCUAUUUCAUCCUGUUGUCAUGCAUUAGACUACAUUGUUGUUGAUUCUAUUGAUACAGCUCAAGAAUGUGUAAACUUCCUAAAAAGACACAAUAUUGGAGUUGCAACCUUUAUAGGUUUAGAUAAGAUGGCAGUGUGGGCAAAAAAAAUGAAUAAAAUUCAAACUCCUGAAAAUACUCCUCGAUUAUUUGAUUUAGUCAAAGUAAAAGAUGAGGAAAUUCGCCAAGCUUUUUACUUUGCUUUACGGGAUACCUUGGUAACUGACAACUUGGAUCAAGCUACAAGAGUAGCAUACCAGAAAGAUAGAAGAUGGAGAGUGGUAACUUUACAAGGACAAAUCAUAGAGCAGUCAGGUACUAUGACUGGUGGUGGAAGCAGAGUAAUGAAAGGAAGAAUGGGUUCAUCGGUUGUCGUUGAAAUCUCUGAAGAAGAGGUAAAUAAAAUGGAAUCACAGUUGCAGAGAGACUCUAAAAGAGCAAUGCAAAUCCAAGAACAAAAAGUACAGCUUGAAGAAGCAGUAGUUAAGUUACGGCAUAGUGAACGAGAAAUGAGAAACACACUAGAAAAGUUCACUGCAAGCAUCCAGCGAUUAUCAGAGCAAGAAGAAUAUCUAAAUGUCCAAGUUAAAGAACUUGAAGCUAAUGUACUUGCUACAGCCCCUGACAAAAAAAAGCAGAAAUUGCUUGAAGAAAAUGUUAGUGUGUUUAAAAGAGAAUAUGAUGAUGUGGCUGAGAAAGCUGGUACUGUAGAAGCUGAGGUUAAACGAUUACACAGUAUCAUUGUAGAAAUCAAUAACCAUAAACUCAAGGCCCAACAAGACAAACUUGAUAAAAUAAAUAAGCAGUUAGAUGAAUGUGCUUCUGCUAUUACAAAAGCACAGGUAGCAAUCAAGACGGCUGACAGAAAUCUUAAAAAAGCACAAGAAUCAGUCAUUCGUACAGAGAAAGAAAUAAAAGAUACUGAGAAAGAAGUAGAAGACCUAACAGCAGAGCUAAAGAGUCUUGAGGAUAAAGCAACAGAGGUCAUAAAAAAUACAAAUACUGCAGAGGAGUCCUUACCUGAGAUCCAGAAAGAACAUCGUAAUCUACUUCAAGAACUGAAAGUUAUUCAAGAAAAUGAACAUGCUCUUCAAAAAGAUGCACUUAGUAUUAAGUUGAAACUUGAGCAAAUAGAUGGCCACAUUGCUGAACAUAAUUCUAAAAUAAAAUAUUGGCAAAAAGAGAUUUCAAAAAUAUCACUGCAUCCCAUAGAAGACAAUCCUGUUGAAGAGGUUUCUGUUUUGAGCCCCAAAGACCUUGAAGCAAUCAAGAAUCCAGAUUCCAUAACAAAUCAAAUUGCACUUUUGGAAGCCCAGUGUCAUGAAAUGAAACCAAACCUUGGUGCCAUUGCAGAAUAUAAAAAGAAGGAAGAAUUAUAUUUGCAACGGGUAGCAGAAUUGGACAAAAUUACUUAUGAAAGAGAUAAUUUUAGACAAGCAUAUGAAGAUCUGCGGAAACAGAGGCUAAAUGAAUUUAUGGCAGGCUUUUAUAUAAUAACAAAUAAAUUAAAAGAAAAUUAUCAGAUGCUUACCUUGGGAGGGGAUGCUGAACUGGAGCUUGUAGACAGCUUGGAUCCUUUCUCUGAAGGAAUCAUGUUCAGUGUUCGACCACCUAAGAAAAGUUGGAAGAAGAUCUUCAACCUUUCCGGAGGAGAGAAAACACUUAGUUCUUUGGCUUUAGUAUUUGCUCUUCAUCAUUACAAACCCACUCCCCUUUACUUCAUGGAUGAAAUUGAUGCAGCCCUUGAUUUUAAAAAUGUGUCCAUUGUUGCAUUUUAUAUAUAUGAACAAACAAAAAAUGCCCAGUUCAUAAUAAUUUCUCUUCGAAACAACAUGUUUGAGAUUUCGGAUAGACUUAUUGGAAUUUACAAGACAUACAAUAUAACAAAAAGUGUUGCUGUCAACCCAAAAGAAAUUGCAUCUAAAGGACUGUGUUGAAUUUAUUCAUACUGAAGACUUCAAAUCAAGUUGGUAUACAUUCAGUAUGUUACUGAUUUUCUAUUUGUAAUGAAUUGUAUAUAAACUGCAUCAUACAUUUGUUUUACUGUUAAAUAAAAUAUUCUCUGUA